AUGGCCACCAAGGAUCGGGCCAUGGGAAUGGCCUUUUUGUUGCAGACUAUCGUUGGAAUUCUGGGAAAUUCCUCUCUUUUUUGCCAUUAUAUCUUCCUUUAUUACACAGGAUGCAAGCUGAGGUCCACAGACUUGAUUCUCAAGCACCUGACUGUAGCCAACCUCUUAGUUAUUCUGUCUAAAGGCAUCCCUGAGACAGUAACAGCUUUUGGGUGGAGCCACUUCUUCGGUGAUGGGGGAUGCAAACUUCUUUUCUAUGUUCACAAAGUGAGCAGGGAUGCGUCCGUUUGCAUCACCUGCCUCUUGAGUGUCCUCCAGGUGAUCACGAUCAGCCCCAUGGACUCCGGGUGGGCAGAGCUUAAAGCGAAAGCUCCCAGGAACACGGGCACCUCCGCCAUCCUCUGCUGGACCCUGAACCUGCUGCUCAAUGCUACAGUCCUGGUGUAUGUGGGCGGAGACAGCGGCAACAAAAAUAUCACAAAAAAACACAGUUACGGCUACUGUUAUACUCAAUAUAAUAAGAACAUUAUGGAGUCAUUCUAUAUAGCCUUGGUAUUACUCCGUGAUGGUUUCUGUUUGAUUCUCAUAAUCUGGUCCAGCGGCUCCAUGGUUUUUACCCUGUACAGGCACAAGCAGCGGGUUAAAUAUAUACAUACAAGCAAUCAAUCCCGCAACUCCUUCCCCGAGACCAGAGCCACCCAGAGCAUCCUUUUCUUGGUGGUCACCUUUGUCUCUCUGAACACCCUCUCCUCCAGCUUUCACAUUUAUUUGGCUGUUUUAAAUAAUCCCAGUUUGUGGCUGGUCAACACCUCUACACUGAUCGCUGCGUGUUUCCCCACUAUCAGCCCCUACGUUCUCAUGAGUCAUGACUCCCGAGUGCCCAAGCUCUGCUUUGCUUGA